AUGUCUGGUGUCACUCCCGCAUAUGGCAAGAACGCCGACCAGGAUUACACAAGCGGGAGUGAAGAUGGCCAAGCAGCAGGCAAGCGCAAGGCACUGACGACGACCAACGGCACAGCAUCGCUGCCUCUUCCUCCAACAUCAGACUCAUUGAGUCAGCCUGCAGGUGGCCUGCUCAAGGGAGCAACAGACGAGAACGGCAAUCUCAAGGCCGCUGCAUUGAUGGUCGGUCUCAAGCUGGACCUCGAGGCCGAGAUUCAUUUGACUGCUCGAGUUCGUGGAGAUAUCACGAUCGGGCUAUACUGA